GUUGAGUUUCUAAAUGAUCGACAGAAAAGCGAUAUUGCGGAAACGUUACGCCACGAGCUCGGGUUCGAUUUUGAUAUUGAGUUCGAGUUCGUUCGGCUGGAUGCCGGAUGCACGCCAAAAGAAGUCGACCGAGAUCCAGAGCGCAUGCAGAGAAAAAACCACUACUGGACGGACAAUCGAAUUCCGAAAAAGGAAUAUUCAGUAGAAUCAGCCGGUAGACUUUCAUGCGAAUGGCGCGCUGAAGCGGAUUAUGUACUCGAAAAAGCAACCAGAACCAUUGGGCCGUCCGGUUUCACACGAGUUGAUGUGCUCACUCCGUUAGAGGCGAAAUCUGAUGAUGAAGAU